AUGAGAAAGAUUGCUAUCCUCUUAAUUGCCUGCACUGUCAUUUGCGCUGCUAGCCCUUUAUCCAACUUCAUCAAUGGUUUGUUAGGAUUGGCUGGAACUGGUAAUACUCAAACUGUUCUUGCUUCCUGCUUCGAUGACUCUACUGGUAUGAGAGAUAACGACCUCUAUGCUGGUGACUACUAUGCUGAACUCUCUGUUGAUUAUAGAAGCAAGGACUUCAAGGCUCUUGGUGGACUUCCUUUUGGCUACAAGCUUAGAAUUUCUUACAAUGGUAACUCUAUCAUUGCUUCUAAGGGAGAUGUUGGUGCUGGCGGUCCUAACCACCCUAAGAUUGAUAUUCACAAGAGAGCUGCUCAAGAUUUGGGUAUCGGUAACUGCGAUGGUUUCCUUGAUAACGUCUAAAUUGAAUUCCUUGGUUGA